AAGCUGCGAGCAGGAGCACAAGUGGACUGAACAGAAUCAGAUUCGACCCUAGCGAAAAAAGACCAAUACGGCACAAAUCAUUGGCGUCGAGGAGUGCGCCGUCGCCGUCCCCCGUUGCGCGUUGGAUUACCAGGAGCGUGCCCUUUGGGGUUUUGUGAGCAACCGGCGCAGCAGCAUGUCGUCUCCCUCGCACAUCCCUCGGCAAGCGGCCGAAUGGAUCGCCCACUUCUAUUUCCCAAUGAGAAGGUACAACCCGGACUUUGUGGACCGGCUAGAAGAGAACCUCGGGAUCCUGAAAAUCAAGGAGCUCAAGCCGCUGCAGGCCCGGUUGUAUUCCAUGGAUGCGGUGCGGUCGGAAGGCGGAAUAGAAAAGUGCCGGCUUCUUUCCUCCGCGAAGAAACAGCAGCGAGUCGAUUUCAUUCGGAGGGCUUUCUUCCGAGACAGAGCUUGUGCGAUCGUCAACCACCGUCUGAUGGAAGACCUGCGGACCGAAAUGUCGAGGUCCACGGACACUCUCUCGGCAGCUGCCAACCCCUGUGGCGCGAACGGGUAUGCAUCGGCAGCUUCUGCCGCGCACGAUCCCUACGCUACUGCGAGGAGUCCCUCCGGGAGCCGAAAGAGACCAAACCACCAGAUAUCGUCGCAGGCUUCGGCAGCGUUGCUUCGGCUUCAGCAAUAUCAACAGCAAAGACAACAACGACCGGGGGGUCUGCCACCGAACGCAACGGGUCCCAAUCCCGAAGCCGAGGGAGCCGACUUUUUUAGUUCCUUCGUGCACUUUGUUGGAGAUCGGCGGGGCGUGGCGGCAGUCCAAGGCAGCAGGGUCAAUACUAGCACCAGCAGCAACCCGAGCAGCAACCAUCCAAACAUCAACGUCGGUAGCAUUAACAAUAAUACCCACUGGGCAACGAGCACCAACAGCAUCAAUAAUAUCCAUCAAACAACAACAACAACAACAGGAAUGGCCGGUUCCCCGGCUCCCCCGGAUCCCGAAAGCCACCCCCAAACCCCAACCGAAUCGCUACUCCUGCCCCAGCUAAUGCAAAUGGGCUUUCAGAGGCAAGAAAUCCUGGACGGGAUACGACACCAGACGUCGUCGGCGACCGGCUCGAACGGUGGGCCCGUUACCGUCGACAGUGUCAUGGUCCACCUCGUGACCCAGCGCGAGGGAAUGGAGGAGGCCCGCAUGCUGGACGAGGCGCGGCUGGUCAGCGAGGACCAGAAGCAAGAAGACCGCGCGAGGCGGGAAGCGAGCCGGGAAACCGCCCUCGCGGAGGCCACCACCGGGGAGCAGCUGCUGAAAAUCUUUCCCGACUCGUGGGUCCUGGGAUUGCUGGUGGGGGAGGAGGUCUGCUCGUUCCUCCUGGGGGGCCAAGAGACCAGGAAGGAGCUGAUCGAAAUCCUCGAGCUCGAGGGAAAGUCGAGAAAGUGGUACGGGUGGAAACUACCGGCCGGGUAUUUCCAGAAGAUGGGAUCUGUUCUGCUCAACAGCGAGCUCCCGUCUGCCAGAAGCGGACACCACAACAAUGCGUUGUCGAAGGCGCGGGACACGGCAGAGACAAAGGGCAACUCUUGUGCCGCGGCAGAGGAAUCGUCCGUGAUCACCACCUAUUUGCGCAAGGAAACGCGCAAGCUCCGGUCCGGUCUCUACGAGCUGGAAGAACAGUGCAACGGGCAGCCAAAGAUCUUUCUCGACGAGCGACCGAAAGAAGAUUUGGGUGGGGGUGAGGUUGUGGUCAUCGACGACGACGACGACGACGACGAUUGAUUUAUGAAUUGGUUUGAAUGGAAAUAAAUUCCAUUGAAUAGAAGGAGUUUUGACGG